AUGGAUGACGCUGAUGGCCCUUUAGAUGAAAAGCAAGUGUUAUGGAACAACGACUUUGAAAUUGUAGAGCAUGAUUCAGAAUCUUCUGAAGAUAUAUCUACGCAACAAGAAACUGAAGUAGGAAAAUGUGAGCCCAGUGGAUUCCCUAAAGUUAGACAUAGAAGUCUACACGCAUACAAUUUAUCAAGGUCAAAUGAAUCUGGUCUCAAUUCUAUGAAAAGUAUUGAGGAAAUGACAUCAGAGGAGAUAGAAAGUGCUCAAAAGUUCCUUCGUGAGAAGCUAGGAGAAGAAAUGUGCAACUUCAUUAUUCAACGAAAAUUAAAAAGGUUAAGUAUCACAAAAGAAGACGAAAAACAUAAAUAUACUCCAGAUAGUAAAGAAGAUACCCCUACCUCUGAACCGCAACAUGGUCUUAUACUGAAAUUUAGCAAAGAUGAAGAAGAUAAAUAUAUCUGGAUGAAUCCUAUAGAAUCAAAUGGGCCUGAUAAAGGAAGUGGAGAACUUAUGUUGCAUGAACUGCGAUUUAAUUUUGAUGGAAUGUUGCUUAAACCUGAGGAUCCAGAUGUCACAAACUAUGAUCCAUCACUAUAUAACCAUGGUAUGGAUCCGAAUAAACCAGGAUACACAAUUCCUGAGCUUAUAAGGCUGUUACAGAGCUCUUUUAAACCGCAGGUGCAAAUUGCUAUUAGAACAUUAUGUAACAUAAUACAUAAUGCUUAUAUUCCCAAAGCUACCUCUAAUUCUGACACGGAGUUGGGUUGCAAAUACUAUUUUGGAUACAGUUACGAUCGUUGGAAUAGUUAUAUCAAUAACGAUGUUGAUUUGAUUUCUAAAAUAGGACAUACAUUAUGUUCAAGCCAAACAAGUGUAAAUACCUUAGUUGAUUUACUAAGGUGCUUAUCAUUGCUAGUGUUUGGUGAAUGUGAUCCGUCUGAAAUUUCGGCCUUGUUACCAAAUUGUCUGAGCGAUAAUUUCAUAAUACCAAUUCAGGAUGCCAUUUUUGAUACAUAUCAUUCCCCUUCUGGAUUAGAUAUUUACCAUUGGAAUUCCUUGUGCAUUGAAUUAUCGAGUGCAGAUGUUUAUAAGAGUUUAUAUGGUGAAACUAAUAAACAAGUUGAUAAUAAUGAAAGAACCAUGCGCCUGCAGAUUUUUUUCUCAAAAGCGCUGGAUGGGUGUUUUGAAGAACUUCACAUGCGAGAUAUCAAAAAGGAGAUUUUUAAGAUAUUUCAAAGUAACUUCAAAACGAGCGAAGAAGAAGAAGAGUAUUUACAGAUUGAUAGUAAAAUUUUUCUUCUGACUAAAUGUAACAUUGUCAAAAAACUGGUACUGAUGAUGGAGCAGUAUAAGGAAAAUGCAAAAAUUCAACUUUAUUCAACAAAUGUUCUUUGUGGGUUAAUGAGUUACUUUGGAACAUACUUUACAAAUGUACUAGUGACUAAAAAAUAUCUUAUAACGCAUUACAAAUGGCUGAUGGAUUGUAUGACGUCUUGUGCUCAGGGUAUGUGGAGAAAGAAAUUUAAAGAGGACGAAACGCAGUUAAUCACAAGCCUCAUAUUUUUUAUCAAAUACAUAUCUAUAUAUUCUAAAAAUUCUUUUAAAACAUUUUGUGAUGACUGCGGUUCUCUAGCCUUAAUACAACAAACAAUAAUGCUCGCACUAAAGGUCUAUUUAGAAUCACUGAACUUAGCUACAUUUAUCGAGAAGGGUGGUGACACUAAAAGCUUUGUAUAUAAUUUUCCUGCGUCUAUAGGGUUAAAGUGCCUGACUAUAUGGUCUAUGAAAGAUGAAUACGUUGAGCCCUUUGUUGAACUUAUUCCUUUAAUGGAGUGGACCCUGUUUACUAUUUUAGGUUAUCUCCAAACUAACAUAGGGAAGUUUAAAGACUACGUAAAUGUGUAUGGUCAUCUGCUAUCCGUGAUAAAUCUGCACACUGCUUCUUAUAUAGAACACAAUGGCUCCUCUGACUACUUUGAGUUUUCUGGAGUUGUCGUAAGAGGUGUAGGAACAAUAAAAGAGAUAGUAAAUAUUAUUGAUUUGACUUGGGAUUGGAAUAUAUUGCUGUUAAUAUUUUCGAUUAUAAAACUACAAGUUCUAUAUAUCAAUAACCAUGUAAAGGACAGUGUUCCUGAUCCAUACAAAGAAGAUAAGCAGAUUGCAGCAAGGAUAUUUGGAAAAGAGAAUGUUGACAAUACUCUAAAUCUAUCCAUAAGACUUUGUGAGUAUUUCUUGAAUAACACCAUAUCCGGAUUUCCAAGUGAAUUAAAUGAAAUUGGUUGGGAAACCUACAGAACAGCUAUGGGUUCACAAAAGGCUAUACAUAAUUACAGGAAAAGUACGAAUCUUAUCGUUAGUUUUUUACUACCUGUACAGAUUGCCACCGCGACCAUAGAUUUCUUGAAGCACCCUAGGUUAGUAAAACACAUGCCUAGGCUGAAAAAAAUUAAAAUUUAUUCUCAGUUGUUUAAUCGCAUUAUAGAUGUAUUAAAGGAUUUUUAUUUAUCUUUAAAUACGAAAGGUUUUGUAGGGAUAGUAAAAUCAACACCUACAAUAGAACCAUGGUUGAGGUAUCUAUAUGAGCUUUCAAAUGUAGAAGUAGAGAACAAUAUUGAUGGACUGUUAUGUGUGCUUGCCUUUACUUGUGAUUAUGAUCUGCUUACCAAAAGUUUGAGUAUUUGUGCUGAUAAAAUUGGUUUAAGUAAAGACAUUGUUAGCAGAAUGGUGACAGAGUACAAAGCUUUCAAUGAUAAUUCGGCGCUUGUUAUGGGCUAUAUCAGCCCAAAAACAGCAUUGAUACCAUUUUUGGGUUAUAUAACCUAUUUCCCUCUAAAAUUCAGAGACUCCGGUGAACCUUCAAACUUCAAUGAUUAUUACUCCUUAAUCCUGUCAGAGAAAAUAAAGGACAAAUUAUUAAGUUGGAUAUGCCCCUACAAUAUGUUUGUUAAGAUAGCAUGUACUGCUUCAAUUCUUUCAUAUGAAAAUGGGUUUUUCAUUGAUGGUAGUACUUAUUUUUAUUCUGCCCUGGAGUUUUUCGUUUUCAGCAGGAUUUCAUUCAACGUGCAUCAUAAAGAAGAGGGAAAUAUAACAAAUGAUGCUAAACACAUUGAUUGCAAGGAUUGGUGGAUAUCCCAACUUGAGAAGCACUUGUCAAAAUCACAGAGUGGAGAUAUCAAUCCCGCAAAAAACAACAUUUGUGUCAGUAAUAGUGAAGGAUUUAUAUGUAAAUAUUUUAAUAGUACUGAAGAAAUUGUUCGGGUAAUACAAAAUUUGAAAAGGAGAUUUAAUUCUGGAGCAGGUGAUUCGGCUUUGAUAAUGGGCAUGUUGAUGAUUUUUGUCUCAAAAAAUUCCAUAGAAGAGUGUUCUAAGCAUAUCUGGGCUGACAUAACACUUAUGACAUUGAUUGGAAGAAAUACGAGCAUAGAUCCAAUAACAAUGGAGGUUACUUGUAACUCCACUGACACCUUGAAGCUGGGCCACAUUAGUACAUUUUUACCGGUUUUCAACAAUUCUCCAGAUAUUUUAAAUAGUCAGAAAAAACUAAUAACCAAUCUCACGGACGAAACAGUCAUAAACUACAAUGCAAUCACAUUUAUGGUUCUCUCCUCCCUGCUCUCCCACUGUAGCAAGGAACACCUUCAAGAGACUAUAUCUUCCACCAACAGUCAGAUGAUAGAGGAAAUAAUAAGACACUUUAUCUAA